GGGAAGCACAUGUAACCACGGCAAUGUUGCAUCAUUUACUUGCAUUGGUUUUUAUAUUGCUCCCUUCUUUUCUCGAUUGAAUGUAAUAUCUCAGUAUCAAGCUGUACAAAUCCAGAGAAAAAUAAGAAGGGCAUGUUCAAGGCAAAAGAACAACAACAUUUUUGGGACUGUUGAAUUUCAACUGGUAUAUAAUAAAAUCCAUUCUGCUGAUUCACAAUUAUGGAGACUGUAAGUUGAGGCUUUUCUCUGCUGCUUCCAGAAGUGAAAGCUGUGCCUUUAAUACACGUUGAGUGAGGUACCCAAGGAUAGGAAACUGGCCUGAAGGGAAAAUCUGGGGGAGACUGGGUAUUUGGCUACAUUUGCCCCUGAACUUAUCAACUGUCAGAUGUCGUGCUCUCAAUGGUAACUCAAACCCCCAGACUCUCGACAGCAGCCUGCGAGGAGCAGCAUUCAGCAGCUCAAAGGUCUCACGACCAGAGCGUGGAUCACACUUCUUGUAAACCUCAUCAUAUUGAGGUGGGGCUAAGAUGAGCAUAACCAGUGACGAAGUGAAUUUCUUGGUGUAUCGCUAUCUCCAGGAGUCAGGUUUUUCCCAUUCGGCCUUUACAUUUGGUAUCGAAAGCCACAUUAGUCAGUCCAACAUCAAUGGAACACUAGUGCCACCUGCUGCCCUCAUCUCUAUUCUUCAGAAAGGCCUGCAGUAUGUGGAGGCUGAGAUCAGCAUCAAUGAAGAUGGUACAGUAUUUGAUGGCAGGCCCAUAGAGUCACUGUCUCUGAUCGACGCUGUGAUGCCUGACGUGGUACAGACCAGGCAACAGGCGUUUAGAGAGAAACUAGCUCAGCAACAAGCCAGUGCGGCAGCGGCGGCCGCGGCAGCAGCCGCAACAGCGACGACGGCAGCAACCACGACAGUUGUUUCCCAGCACAACACACCAAAGAAUGGAGAAGCCACUGUGAAUGGAGAGGAGAAUGGGGCACAUGCAAUAAAUAAUCAUUCAAAGCCAAUGGAAAUUGACGGGGAUGUUGAAAUACCUCCUAACAAAGCAACAGUCCUUCGGGGCCAUGAAUCAGAGGUGUUCAUCUGUGCCUGGAACCCUGUCAGUGACCUACUAGCGUCUGGAUCUGGAGAUUCAACUGCCAGAAUAUGGAAUCUCAAUGAAAAUAGCAACGGUGGUUCAACUCAGCUAGUUUUGAGGCACUGUAUAAGAGAAGGAGGACACGAUGUCCCCAGCAAUAAGGAUGUGACUUCAUUGGACUGGAAUAGUGAUGGAACGCUAUUGGCUACAGGAUCAUAUGAUGGUUUUGCAAGAAUAUGGACAGAAGAUGGUAACCUUGCAAGCACCUUAGGUCAACAUAAAGGUCCCAUAUUUGCUCUGAAGUGGAACAAAAAGGGGAAUUACAUUUUAAGUGCUGGUGUUGAUAAAACAACAAUAAUUUGGGAUGCUCACACAGGGGAAGCUAAGCAGCAGUUUCCUUUCCACUCAGCCCCUGCUCUCGAUGUAGACUGGCAGAACAACACUACUUUUGCCUCCUGCAGUACUGACAUGUGCAUUCACGUAUGCAGACUUGGCUGUGAUCGCCCAGUCAAAACCUUUCAAGGACACACAAAUGAAGUCAAUGCAAUUAAAUGGGACCCUUCUGGUAUGCUACUAGCAUCCUGCUCUGAUGAUAUGACAUUAAAGAUUUGGAGUAUGAAGCAAGAUACAUGUGUACAUGACCUUCAGGCUCACAGCAAAGAGAUUUAUACUAUCAAAUGGAGUCCUACAGGACCAGGCACGAGCAACCCAAACUCCAACAUCAUGUUAGCAAGUGCUUCGUUCGAUUCUACUGUUCGGCUGUGGGACGUUGAACGAGGAGUCUGCAUUCAUACAUUAACCAAACAUCAGGAACCUGUCUACAGUGUAGCUUUUAGUCCUGAUGGGAAAUACCUGGCCAGUGGGUCCUUUGACAAAUGUGUCCAUAUAUGGAAUACUCAGAGUGGAACUCUAGUACAUAGCUACAGAGGCACUGGAGGAAUCUUUGAAGUCUGUUGGAAUGCGAGGGGAGACAAAGUGGGAGCAAGUGCAUCAGACGGAUCGGUUUGUGUUCUAGAUCUGCGGAAGUAAAGGUGAAGUGUUUUAGAAGAAAUUUCAAAUGGACCAGCAGUGAAUGUGUGGGGAGAAGCACUCUUCAAAACUAUUCUUAACAGCUCCAGAACUGUACAAACUUGAAAAAAGUUAGUGUGUACAAUGAAACCAGCUCUCCCUGGCCAGAGAAGUCUAGUAUUUUGCCCGUAACCUUCAUCAAGGAGUAAAACCACAGUCACUUCAAAGGGGGAGAGGAUGGUUUUCACCUGGAAUAUCCAGCCUUGGAAGCAUGAAGCCACCAACUAGAGACUGCACUGUUUGGUUUGCAUCUGAGAACUUGCUUUGAUGGCUGAAAAAAAAAAAAGCUGUGCCAAAAAUAAUAAUAAAGAAACAAACUAAGCAAAAUGCUGUGAUAAACCAAAAGGGGAAAAAAAAUCCUCCUCCACGUGGUGUUGUAUUUUUUUCCUUCCAAUUUGGACACUACAGUUGCUCUCCCAAAGGACAUUCAAAGACCAGUUUGUACUGAUGAAAUGCGCAACUUUGUAAUCAUAACACUUUCUAUUUUCUAGACUACUUUUUUGUUCAGUGGUUUUUCUAUCAGCUGGAAUAUUAUGUCCUGGAAUAUCCCGGGCUUAGGUUGGAACUGAUUUUUUUUUAUUUUAAUUUUUCCUUCCCUUCUCCUUCUUGUUUCUCUCUCUCUCUCUCUCCCUCCUUCCCCCUCCUGUGUGCCCACAGUAGAUGCAGCCAGUUGGACAUGACAACAAAAACUUUCGACGGUCUGCUUCUCCUCUUUCUCCGCCCUCCCUCCCGCCCCACCUAUUUUUUUUAAAUCCUCCAUGCUUCAGAUCUUAGCAUCUCAAGGGCACUUUCAGCAAAUUGUGUAAUAAGUGCUUUAUAUAAGAAUGCAGUGCUGGGGAAGAUUUUUACAGGCGAAAGAUGACUUUUAAGAGAGAGAAACCAGUGUAUUUUUGGAAAAAAAUAUUUUUUAUGUUAAACAUAAUUUUAAAAGCCUAAAAUAGCCACCAAACGUAGACUGCUUUGUGUAAUUCAAGCAAAAGAAUGACUCAAGUGGAAUCCAAGGUACAUUAAAGAUGCAGUAUCAUUUUC